AUGAAGUGUUUACUGCUACACGACGCUGAUACAAGGUACGAUGACCUGUUAUCGGAACAUGACAUAAAGAUAACAAACCUUCCCGUCCUACAAACUAGAGUUCUUGAUUUGGGGGAUAGUUCUGAUAUAAGCACUGCAAACCACCAAGGAAUCAUUAUUUCCAGCAAAUAUGGUGUCAGUUUUAUCGUGAAUAACAGGAUUGAUGUCAGUGGUAAAGUAUUGGCAGUUGUUGGACCAAACACAGCUAAACUCAUUGGAGAACAUGCGGAAAAGUAUCACAAUGUUAAGAUUGUUUGGGCUGAUAACGCGACAGCUCUUUGCAACCUUAUCCUCUCCUCUUUCCCUCAAAACUACUCCUGGAUAUUUUAUGCUGGUAACCAAGCUUUGGAUAUAAUUCCAAAGACUUUGUGUCAAAACGAUGUUAAGUUAAAGCAGGUUGUGGUUUACAAAGUGGAAAAACAGAAAGAUUUUGAUAAUAAACUCUCCUCUCUACUUGACAAGGAUUCGUUCCAAGCUGUGGUUUUCUUCAGCCCAUCCGGUGUAGGAUUUACAGCUGGAACGUUAAAAGAUAAACUUACAAAGGAGUGUGUGCUUGUGGCAUUUGGUAAAAGCACUGCCGCUGGUAUUUCAGCGUUAUUUGGCGAUGGUUAUAUUAUCAGAAUAUGUGAACGUCCCACGCCUUCAGGUGUUUUGAAUGUAUUACAGAGUUUGUGA